AAUAUAAGAUACAUGGAGAAUAGGAAGAACGUGACUGAAUUUGUUCUCCUGGGGCUCACACAGAAUCCAAAGAUGCAGAAAACCAUAUUUGUUGUGUUUUUGGUCAUCUACAUUGUCUCUAUAGCAGGAAAUGUGCUCACCUUGGUGACCAUCACUGCCAGCCCAUUAUUGGGGUCCCCCAUGUACUUUUUCCUGGCUCAUCUCUCUUUUAUUGAUGUUUGCUAUUCUUCUGUCAAUAGCCCUAAACUGAUUGCAGAUUCACUCAAUGAAAAGAAGACCAUCCUAUUCAAUGAAUGCAUGGUGCAAAUCUUUGGGGAACAUUUCCUUGGAAGCACUGAGGUCAUCUUGCUUACUGUGAUGGCCUAUGACCGCUAUGUGGCCAUCUGCAAACCCUUGCACUAUACAACCAUCAUGAGCUGGCAGAUGUGUUGGCUGUUAAUAGGAGUGGCAUGGGUGGGAGGCUUUCUUCAUGGAUUCAUACAGAUCCUCUUCAUCUUUCGAUUACCCUACUGUGGACCUAAUGUCAUAGAUCACUUUAUGUGUGAUCUGAACCCUUUGCUCGAACUUGCCUGCACUGAUACCCAUACUCUAGGGUUCUUUGUUGCUGCCAACAGUGGUUUCCUCUGUCUGUUGAACUUCCUCCUCUUGAUGUGCUCCUAUGUAGUCAUUCUGCACUCUCUAAGGACCCACAGUUUGGAGGUGAGGCAAAAAGCCCUCUCCACUUGUGUCUCCCAUAUCAUACUUGUCAUCCUACUCCUGGUGCCCUGCAUAUUUGAGUACCUGAGACCAGCAGUUACUUUAUCUAUUGAUAAAGCAGUUGCUGUGUUCUAUACUUUGAUAACUCCCAUGUUAAAUCCCUUAAUCUAUACCUUGAGAAAUAUACAGAUGCAAAAUGCCAUUAGGAAUUUGUGUAGUAGGAAAGAUAUUGAAGGUGAUAAAUAA